GAUGUGCRUGCUGUGUUCCCUCGUGUCUCCUGGCGCUGCUUUACCUCGGGAACACGCGGCUGUGGGUUAAAAACCAUUUUAAAACAGGCAGAGGACGGGCUGUCCGCAAGGACAAGAGGCGGAAGAUGGUGUCCAUUGUACCGCCGAGAGAGACACGGAUCCAGGCUCGACAAACAGCUGAGUCUUGCCAUCGGGAUGUCAACUUCUCAACGGCAUCUUAAAGAAGAUGAACGCUACAAAGACUGAAAAGCAGUGCUGAUUCAUUGGGACAACCAACCACCACUACUGUUAAAUGAGAGCUAAUCAUCUUUCCAAGCUUGUAACAGCAUGCCAGCUGCUAAAGGUAAAAGUCAGACGUUUCAUCGCUACAGACCAGCCUCUGAGUAUGAUGAUGCCACUCUCGCCCAGAAGAGAGAAUAUUGGAGGAACAAGAAGCGAGAGCAGAGGGCCCGGCUGUCAGAACAGAGAGGAAAGCCACAACAGGACAUCCAGAAGGAAAAGAUCCCGUACCUUUAUGUUUCUGCAGGGGUGAACGCCAGUUUAUCAGACUCUACAUUGUCCCCUCCUUUUCAAAAGAAAGAUGACUUGUAUCAUCGUACAUCAAAGACUGAACACAGGUCAUCUGACUCGGCUGCAAGUCAAAAGGAAGACUGGCUAGAGACCAAAAAUGUUAACACAGUCCUGUGUAACUUGCAGCCAACGUCAUGUCCAGUUGUAGCUCCAGAGGAUAAGGGAGGUGCAGUCUUAAUCCAAGGCCCAACAGUGAUGAGCGUUAGCACUGUGGUUACUACACCUACAUCCAGUCAAAGCAGACCAAGCACCAGUUCAUCAGGGCCUAUAGUCAGAGUGACUAGCAUUACAAACGGCAGCUCAAUUAAAACUGAACCUCAGCCAUGUGCAUCUAUGCAGGGAGAACUAGUCCCCAAAACCCAACUCAAGGCCAAGGAUCUAUCAGCUGGUCACAUUACGGCCUCAGAUCUGAUGCUUUCGACUUCACAUAGCCCUGUUUCCAGUAAGAGAAAAGACAGGACGGGACCUCAAAGUCAAACAAAGAGUGCCUUGGUCACCAUGCAAAGGGCUGAAGGGUUUUGCAGUACACAGCUUUCACUGGAGUCCGAGGAAGAGAAGGCAGCCAAGCGCAGAGAGCACUGGCGAAUCAAGAAACGAGAGCAGAGAGCUAAACUAGCUCAAGUCAAAGAAGGAACACAGAGCAGAGAUGUGAUUCCUCACAAGCUAGCAGCACACAAGGUGGGACUCGUGGCCAGCUCGGGUCUUCCAUCUCAACUUGUUUUGAGUCAGAAGCAAUGUGCCGUCAGGGUUAAAGUGCCAUUUCCAGCUGUCAGACAGGAAACUGCUAAACUGCAAAGCGGGUUAUCCUCUGUAGCUGCAGCUAACCUGCAAAUAGAUCAGGUAAAAGCACAAAACUAUGUGAACAGAAUAGCACCAACGGCCUUCACAGCGUUUCAUAUUAAUUCUGUCAAAAAGUCAGCAGAACCACAGAGAAGUCUUAGUUUCCUGAAUCAUUCCUUCCCCAGAGGAAUCGCUCGAUGUAAAACACCAAGACAAAGGUUGAUUGAUUUGCAGAAAAACUUCAUGAAUCAGAGAAAUUUAAGGUACAAAUCUCCCUUCAUGGCUUCAGUGUUUCCUACCACAGCUAUCCCUAAAAUUGAUCCGAAAGACACGCCAGAGCAGAUCAUAGCCAAGCGUCGAGAGUACUGGCGCGUUAAAAAGCGUGAACAGCGAGCCAAGCUGUCACUGGAGAUGAGAACGAGGGCAAGGGAGAAAGACUCUCUGAUACGAAGAGUGAAACGUUACCAGCAAAUCCUGGCAGACAUGAGAAAGGCAAGAGCCCUGGCUCAUUCAACAGGAAGUGGUCCUAAUCCUGCUUCCGAGACCAUCGGAGGAUUCAUCAAAGAGGACGGGACACUGACGGCUAACGUCCCCAAAGGUCUGAAGAAUCCCAACACAGCUGGA